UUUUGUGACUUCAAUGGAAGUCAAAUGCUUAAAUGAUUGUUGGUUAUAUUGUUUAUUGCCAAAGACUGAUUUACCUUUUUGUUAUUGCCACAUAUUAUUGUUAUCAUUGAUGAAAAAAUGCUGGUAGUCCACUGAAAUCUGCUGAAAAUUCUGAUAACCAUGAUUCAAGUUGAAACGGAAAACUGUCAUUUAAGAACUGAUCAAAAAGAAGGACUUUUGGAAGGAAUUUCUGUAAAGACUGAACCUUUUGAUAACUUCUUGACUAAUUCAAGUGUUGAAGCAAAUGCAAAAGAUGGAGUCGAAGGAACAGUUAAUGAGUAUAAGGAAAAUAAUUAUGACAGCAAAGCAGAAAAUUUUUCUGAAGGCGCUGUAUGUGAACAGUUAAAAAACGAAAGCAUUGAUAUAAGUUAUGAAAAUAUAAAAUCUGAAAUUAGUUCAGCGACAAUAGUAUGUGAUGUGUGCAAUAAAAGCUUUGAUGUUGAGGAGGACGUCAAACACAAAAUUGACUGUCGACAACAUUAUGAGUUAACUUCGAGUGACAUGCACUGUGAAGAUAUGAUCGACGACAAUAAAUAUGAAUCAAAUAAUCAGAAUCAAUUGUUGCUCGAAAACCAUGAGGAUAGGCCGUUUCAGUGCGAAAUUUGCUCAAAAUGUUUUAUCCAGAAAAGUCAUCUAAAAACGCAUCAGAGAAUUCAUACAGGAGAAAAGUCGUUUAGUUGUAAAAUCUGCUCGCUUACUUUUAAACAUAAAAAUGAAUGUAAAAUGCAUGAAGAGAGUCACAGCGAAACAAUAUUUGUAUGUAGUUUCUGUUCGAAGUUGUACAAAAGCAGUAAAUCACUAAAAGUUCAUAUACAGAGUGAGCAUAGAGAAGAUAAACCCUUCAAAUGUUAUUUCUGCCCAAGAUCUUUCAAUUAUAAAUAUCAAUUCGAGUACCACAUUGUGAGUCAUUCACAAGAAAAAUUGUUCAAAUGCAAGAUCUGCACUAAAUCAUUCGCUAGAAGUGUUCUCUUGAAAUCUCACGAGAAACUUCACGAAGAGAAAAGGCAGUUUCAAUGUGAAGUCUGCCCAAAGUCUUUCCGAAAAAAAAUUGAAUUUGACAGCCAUACUCGGUCUCAUACGGCAGAACGACCAUUCCAGUGUGCCGAUUGUUCAAAAUUCUUUAUAUCAAAAACUACUUUGAGAAAUCAUGUUAUUACUCAUAGAAAAGAGAAGGAAUUUCAGUGCACUGUAUGUUUGAAAUCCUUCAAUUCCAAAGGACAUUUAAUCCAACACCAGUCAAUUCAUACAGGCGAGAAACCUUUUCAGUGUAAAAUCUGCUUGAAAUCUUUCAGGGUUAUCCAUAAUCUCAAAGUUCAUGAACAACUCCAUAAAGAGGACAAGCCACACAAGUGUGACGUCUGUCUGAAAAGCUUCAAAAAUCGCGACAGACUGAAAAAGCACCAGCAAGUCCAUAACGAAAAGCAGUAUUUCUGCAACUUCUGUACAAAAUCUUUCAAAAAUCCGCAAGCUUGGACGAGCCACCAGUUGAUUCAUGCCGAAAGAAGGCUUCAUAGGUGUGAAAAAUGCCAUAAGUCUUUCACUACCAAAAAUAUCCUCAGAUCACAUGAGAAAAUUCAUAAUGAAGAAAGAAGCUUCCAGUGUAAGAUCUGCCCCAAGUCUUUCUACACGAAUUCCAAUCUGACAGCACACGCGAAGACCCACCUGGAAAAACAGUUCAAAUGCUGUGUAUGUUCCAAAUCGUUUGCUCUGAAAAAGAGUUUGGAGAACCAUCUUACAGUUUGUGAGAAAGGAGAAAAACCUUUUAAAUGUCAAAUCUGCCAACAGUCCUUCUUCCGGGAGAAGACACUGAAAAACCACAUUAGGUUCCAUACAGAAGAAAAACCAUUUGAAUGCAAGCUCUGCUCGAAACGUUUCAUAUACUUGAAAUCUCUGAAGUUCCAUUUAGGGGUUCACGCAGGAGAAAAGCCUCUUCAGUGCAGUGACUGCCCAAAAGGUUUCAGGUGCAAUCAUUCCCUGGAAAAUCAUGGGAGUUUCAUCCACGACGGAAUCCAACUGUUCCGGUGCGAAGUCUGUUGCAAAUGUUUCACUUCAAGGGUCCGCUUGGAGAACCACAAUAGAAUUCAUACUGGUGAAAGACCGUUUCGAUGCAAGGUGUGCAACAAAUCUUUCGCAUUCAAAGGGAAUUUGAGGGCUCACGAGAAGCAACAUUCAGGGGAAAAAUCGCACUGUUGCCAAUUUUGCGGGAAAUCUUUCUACACUCGAAGUGUCUUGAAACAACACAUCAGGAUUCAUACUGGUGAGAGACCCUUCAAGUGCGAGGAUUGCGAAACAUCUUUCAGUCACAAAUCUUCGUUGAAAAUACAUAUGCUGACUCAUACAGAUGAAAAGCCUCUGCAGUGCGAAAUCUGUUCGAAGAGCUUCAAGCACGGAGGGGCUUUACGAGCUCACCAAAAUCUUCAUACGGGAAAAAAGCUACAGUGCCCUAUCUGCCAGAAGUUAUACAUACACAGCAGUAGUUUGGGAAAACAUAUGAAGACUCAUAUGACAGUUCAAGAGGAACUGGCAAAGUUGCCCGACAAUUCUGCCGAAAUUUCGGAAACUCCUUGAAAAGAUUUCCAUAACUUUGGUUGAUUGUCUUCGUUUUCCAGAUUUUUCUCAAAGGACUAAUUUUCACACACAGUUUCAUAACAAAGAUUUAGCUAAUCAGUUGCAUAUUGCACGAGAAUAAAAAUUGACUUUUUUGAAUUUGAGCCAGUAUUUGAAAAUUUUAUUUGUGAUCUCAUGAUUUUUUUUCAAUGAGCCUUUUUUCUGAGAAUAGUACAGCGAACGUGUCACGAGAGACAGCACUAGUAAUAGGGACCAACAUAUAAAACAGUGUUAUUUACGUAAUAUUAAUUUAUUAUUUAAAAAUAUAAAUCUGAUAUAAAAAAAUAUUUUGUGC